ACCCAGAGGCGUUGGGAGUUGCGAGUCACAAUCUUUGGGACGGUGGACCGCGGCGACCCGUCGAAACCUCCACCUCGGUCUCGCCGCCGCUGCGACGAUAUCACCGCCGCCGAGGCCAUGAGACCUCUCCUCACCCGCAUCUUCACCUCCACUCGCAUUGCCAUGGCCUCCUCCUUCCCCUCCUCUCCGUCCCGACGGCUGGCCCGCCUCACCCGCCACCUCAACUCCUCUUCCGGCGAGCUCACUUCGGUGGGCGCCCCUGCCACCGCCGCCACCGACGCCGUCCCCGCGCGCUCCCGGCCGGCCGCCUCCAAGGUUCACGCCGCCGUGCUGGUCUGCCUUUUCGAGGACCCCAGCGGCGGCACCCGCGUCCUCCUCACCAAGCGCGCUUCCUCCCUCUCCUCCCACUCCGGGGAGGUGUCGUUACCCGGAGGGAAGGUAGAGGAGGGGGACGCGGAUGCGAAGGCGACGGCUCUGCGGGAGGCGAAUGAGGAGAUUGGGCUGGACCCAGCGCUUGUAUCUGUUGUGACAGUUCUUGAGCCCUUCUUGUCCAAGAAUGGCCUCAAUGUUGUUCCUGUAAUUGGCAUGGUUUCGGAUAAAGCUUUAUUCAAUCCUGUCUUAAAUAAAGCUGAAGUGGAAGACAUCUUUGACGCACCUCUGGAGAUGUUCCUGAAGGACGACAACCGGAGAACAAAAGAAAUGAAUUGGAUGGGCAUGGAUAUUCCUGUCCAGUUUUUCGACUACGAGGCAGACGGCAAAGUGUUUGUGAUUUGGGGCUUAACCGCGCACAUUUUGACCCGUGCUGCAGCAGUCAUUUUUCAGAGGCAACCAUCGUUCGUUGAACUUCCCAGACCCAAGUAUACAAGUGUACCUAUCGCUGGCACUGAGGAGCCCAAACCCUGAAGCAUUGUAUCGGCUGUAGGGGGCUGUUUGGUUCAGAACCUGGUGGUAAAAUGCAUGUCCUAGGUCCUGCCUGAUGAAGGCCUUGAUUUUAUUUGGAUGUAGAAGUAUUUCUCCCUCUAAAUGUUGGCAGGUACCAAAAUUUGCUCGUACAUUUCUCUACAGACGUAAAUCAUACUGUUAUGUAGUGGUACAUUUUGACCAUCUCAUUUUGAGAUUCAGGCAUUGACCACUUGGUGGAAGAGGGGGAAAGCUGGGUGCGCAUUUUAAAAAGGAAUGUACUACUAUAAACUCCAAAAAAUAUGGCCAUUUCUUUUCACUGUAGAAUUGAAGCUUGUAAGCUAGAAUAUCAAGCAGUUCACUGAAUUGGGCUCAUGUUUUCAGGCCUAUGUGGUUUGCAGUCA